AAAGGACCUGUCAACUUCCGGCGGCCAUAUUGCGGUGAUACAGCGAGUUUCGGUGAAGGAGCUCAUGAUGAUUUCUGCUCGGGCUUAUGGAGAUAAUGGAAAGAUGAAGGAGUAUCACUACACAGGUCCAGUGGAGCAUAAGUUCUCUCCUUAUGCCUUCAACGGAGGGACUGUGCUGGCGGUGGCUGGUGAAGACUUUGCUCUCGUGGCUUCAGACACGCGUUUAAGUGAAGGAUACAGCAUCCACAGCCGAGACUCCCCCAAAUGCUACAAACUGACAGACACUACAGUGAUUGGCUGCAGUGGUUUCCAUGGGGACUGCUUGACGCUAACCAAAAUCAUUGAGGCAAGACUGAAGAUGUACAAGCACUCAAAUAAUAAGAGCAUGACAAGUGGAGCUAUCGCCGCCAUGCUGUCCACCAUCCUGUACGGGAAGCGUUUCUUCCCUUACUAUGUCUACAACAUUAUCGGUGGUCUCGAUGAGGAGGGUCGAGGUGCCGUUUAUAGCUUUGAUCCAGUUGGUUCUUACCAGAGAGACACUUAUAAAGCAGGCGGCUCUGCGAGUGCAAUGCUGCAGCCUCUUCUUGACAACCAGAUUGGGUUCAAGAACAUGGAGAACGUGGAGCAGCUUCCCCUGACCCUGGAGAAGGCCGUGCAGCUGGUGAAGGAUGUGUUCAUCUCGGCCGCUGAGAGGGACGUGUACACCGGAGAUGCCCUCAAGAUCUGCAUCAUCACCAAGGAAGGCAUUCGAGAGGAGAUCGUGCCGCUCCGGAAAGACUGAGGCGUCUUCUCGGCCAUGCCAAAAUUAGCCCGUUUUUGUCUUAUCGAUAUUCUCCGGUUGCAUCCUUCAAUCUGCUGUUCCUUUUAUAUUCCUUCUCAAGAAUAAAUAUGGUAACCGUA